GGGGCCCAUAUCGUGUGUUGUAUCUUUGCGAGAUUCGCUUUCGACAUAGCAUAUCGCUUGACGACGGUCGAGUCGGCAUUUCAAAAAUGGCUCAGCCCACUGCUCUUCAGGACAAGCUCGAUGGCGUGGAGCUUCCAGCGGCAGCGGACAUGCAUGUCCACCUUAGAGACGGCGACAUGACAAAAUUGAUAGUUCCUACAAUUCGCCGAGGAGGUGUCAAUACUGUCUUCGUCAUGCCGAAUCUGGUUCCUCCGAUCACCACGGUCAAACAUGCCUUGGAAUACAAGCAACGUCUGCAGGAAAUAGAGCCCAGGGUCGAGUUCCUGAUGUCGUUGUAUUUGCAUCCUGACAUCACGGUCGAGACUGUCAAGGAGGCUAAACAAGCUGGCAUCACUGGCAUCAAGUCCUAUCCACAUGGUGUAACGACCAAUUCCAGCCACGGAGUCAUGUCAUACGAGCCCUUCUUUCCCGUGUUCGAGGAAAUGGAGCGCCAGGAUAUGGUGCUGAACCUCCACGGCGAACUUCCUCCGUCCGCUGGUGCAGAUGUCACAGUCAUGAACGCUGAAGAGGCCUUCAUCCCGACCUUGUUCGACCUGCAUCGUCGAUUCCCCAACCUUCGAAUCAUUUUGGAGCACUGUACUUCUGCCGCUGCGAUUGAGGCCGUCAAGAAGUGCGGUCCGACUGUUGCAGCCACAUUGACUGCCCAUCAUUUGUUCCUCACCGUAGACGACUGGGCCGGCGACCCACACUGCUUCUGCAAGCCCGUAGCCAAGACCCCUGCCGACCGCCGAGCUCUCCUCGAGACUGCCGCAAGUGGCAAUCCCAAGUUCUUCUUUGGUACCGAUUCAGCUCCUCACCCAGCCCAAUCAAAGCGUGCAGACAAGGUAGCAGCUGGGGUGUUUACACAACCUCAUGCCGUUGGCUUGGUCAUCGACGCACUCGAGGAGGGCAUUGAGAAAGGCAUCUUGCGCAAUGAAGACGUCACACUCCAAAAGCUGGAGGGCUUCUUUAGCGAGUUUGGGAGGAAGUUCUACAAGGUCACUGAUAAGUCCAACGAGAGGAUAGUCCUUCAGCGAACUGCGGAACCCAUCGAAGAGAGUCUGACAAACUCAGAUAACUCCAUCGAGGUCAUUCCUUUCCGCCGAGGCAAGCCUACAUGGCGAGCACAGUGGAAAUGAGGCCUACGAAGAGGAUGAUGAGAUGAAGGUAUGGAACAAUGCAUGUAGGAGGUUUUCGGGUGUGAUUCUUGCGCACGAUGCGAUGUUCUUUUAGGGUCGAAUUAGGGUUGUGUUGGAGAUGGGGUUCGAUCGUGACUUCUUAACAUCCUGCUUGGGAGAAAUGUAGCUGGAGCCGUCGCAAUGACAAUUUCCUAUAAUCGUCCAAUCAAGGUGUUCUUCUGAC